CCUACCAACAAAAUGCCCACUAACCUUUCUCAUGCUUUUAGACCGAUUACAAGAUAUAAAUAGAAAAGUCAAUUGGAAUGUAGUUAGAUCUUCGACUUCACUUCGGGUUAAGGAGGCUCUUUUUCUGCUAUUUGAUGAACCCUAGAAGAAGGGAGCGAGGUCGGCGGGAGGCCUGGCCAAGGGCGGGGUGAGGACUGCGCAGACUCAGCUUUUCCACUCCCAGAGGAAGUCGCGAGUGCCGGCGUCUAUGGUCACCAUGGUGACGGGACCAACUUCCGCCCCACUCACCUGCCCAGAGCCCCGCGAGGCGCACCAUGGCAACCGGACCUCUGCGUCGCGGAAUCUGGUCCCUCAGGUCGCUGUGGCUGGGGAAUCGCGGCGGGCGCCGCCCCCAACCCGAGGGGACUCGAAAAUGUACAGCCAGCGAUUUGGCAUCGUACAGCGGGAGGUUAAGGGCCCCACUCCCAAAGUGGUGAUCGUGAGAGCCAAGCCUCCCAAAGGCCAAGGGGCUGAGCAUCAUCUGGAAAGAAUCCGACGCAGCCAUCAGAAGCAUCAUGCUAUUUUGGCUUCCAUUAAGUCAAACGAGCGGGAUCGCUUGAAAGCUGAGUGGGACCAGCACAAUGACCGCAAGUUUGUGGACAGUCUUGUGAAAGCAAGAGUCCAGGAUGCCAUGCAAGGGUUUAUCAUCAAUACUGAACAAAGACGAAAUAAGUUACGUGAACUUUUAGCAUCAGAAGAAAAUGAAUAUUUCAUUGAAAUGCAAUUGAAAGAAGAAACAAUUGAGGAGAAAAAAGAUAGAAUGAGAGAUAAAGUCAGAUUAUUAAGAGAGAAGAAAGAAAAAGAGAGACAGGAUUUUGUGGCUGAAAAGCUAGACCAGCAAUUCAGGGAACGCUGUGAGGAGCUCCGUGUUGAGUUGUGCUGUAUCCAUCAGAAGGCAGUGAGCAAGGAGCGGAAAGCACAGAUAGCAUUUAAUGAGGAGCUGAAAAGGCAGAAGCUGGUGGAAGAGCAGAUGUUCUCAAAGCUGUGGGAGGAAGACCGACUGGCCAAAGAGAAGCGAGAAGCCGAAGAGGCGAGGAGACAGAGAGAGCUGAUGGAGAACACACGGCUGGGGCUGAAUGCCCAGAUCACCAGCAUCCAGGCGCAAAGGCAGGCAGCGCGGUGGCUGAAGGAGGAGGAGGCGCGCCUUGUGGAAAGUGACAAAGCACAGGUGAAACUUGAGAAUGAACAGGAUAAGCUAAAGAAACAGAAGACAAAACAGGAAAUGAGGGCUGCUUUGCAAAAAGCCCUCCAAGAGAAGAUGGAGCAUAUUCAGCAGGAAUACAGAGAAGAUCAGGACUUGAACAUGAAGCUCAUGCAAAGCGCCCUUCAAAACUUACAGGAAGAGGCUGAUAAAAGGAAGCAAGAGAGAGAAGAUAUGAUAAGAGAACAGAAGAUAUAUCAUCAGUACUUGGCACAGUGGCAUAAGGAAGAAAAAGCUCAGGAGAAAGAACUGGACAGAAUGUUAGAGAAAGAGAUGGAAAAGAAGUUUGCUGAGAAGGGCAAGGAGCUGAGACUUGAAAAGGAGGCAAGAAAACAACUUUUGAAUGAGGUCAUGUGUACAAGAAAACUGCAAGUUCAAGAAAAGUUGCAACGAAAAGCAAAAGAACAGGAAGAACGUGCUAUGGAACAGGAACGCAUAAAUGAAGGUCUUAAAGAGCUUAACCGUGAAGAGAGGGAGGAUUUUACAAGACGCUCCAGUUUAGCCCAGGAGUACAGGAAGCAACUUCAGAUGCAAAUAUGCUCCCAACAGCAAGCCCGUGAAGCAGAGAAGGAGGAGGAACGCCGAGAGUUUGAAGCAGGGAUGACAGCAGAGAAGAAUUUCCAGGACAAGAUCCAGGAGAUCCUGUCCACCCAUCAAGUGCUGCCCCAAAAUAUUCAUCCCAUGCGGAGAGCAUGCCCUAAUAAGCUUCCACCAUAGUUUUGUAAACAUCAACCUAGUUUUUCCCAGUCUUUUACUAUUUUAAACUAUAGCAUGCUUGUAUAUCCCUUUUAACUCAUGGAUAAACUGUUCUUUUAUACUCUGAGUUUGCAUAAUUAUAUGCCACGAAAUUUUCUGCUUACAAAUUAAACUGUUCCUUUCUGAGA